AUGCCAAAAUUAUACGAUUCCGCCCCGUAUGUGGCAGCAGCAGUGUCCACAGUUGGUGUAAUCGGAGGUGCUUAUAAUGCCUAUCAGCUGUAUCAAAAGAACAAAAGGAAUAGAUUACCAUCACCCGAGGAAUGGGUACACGUCGGAUAUCUCAAACGAAUAUACGCAUACCCGAUAAAAUCAUGUGCGCCCUUUCCACUAAAGCAAGCUGAGUGCUCGGUGCUGGGUUUGAAAGAUGGUUGGCUACGAGAUAGAAUAUUAAUGAUCAUAGACAAUGAAGACAAUAAUUUGGUAACAGCCAGAACUUAUCCGGAAAUGUUAAAAAUAAAGACAACUUUCAACAAAGCCAUAGUGACAUUACAACAUCCAAAAAUGGAACCUAUCGACAUUAACUUAGCCGAGGUAAUACUGAUGAACAAGCUUAUUGAUACAAAUGUAUGGACAGCGCCGGUGACCGUUUUCGAUUGUGGAGAUGAAGCUAAUAAAUGGAUUACCAAAUGUCUAAAUAUUGAGGACACUACAUUUACUUUGGUUUAUCACGGACAUGAAAGACAUCGAGUAAUAGCAGGAUCGACAGCCAUCUGGCCGAACAUUUAUGAUAGGAUGAAACAGAGUGACACAGGUGCUUUCUCUGAUGAAGUAAACUGCCACGUUCUCACUGAAGCCUCGCUUGACGAUUUGAACUCACGCUUAAAAGACGUUCAAAUUACUGAAACUCAGUUCAGACCUAACAUCGUGCUGUCUGGGGGCACACCCUUUGAUGAGGACAAUUGGAAAUUUGUUAAAAUAGGAGAAAAUAUAUUUCAAGUCAUCAAACCAUGCAUAAGGUGUGUAUUUACUACGAUGGAUCCUGAAACUGGUAUUCGCAACAAGAAUAUGGAACCUCUCACAACUUUAAAAGGCUACCGUCUAGCCAAAGACCCGGAAGAACUCAAGGCGGCGGGCGACUCGCCGCUGAUGGGAUUUCACAUGGCCCUGCGCAGUGGACCGGGUGGCAAAGUAUCUAUCAAUGAACCAUUCUACGUCACUUAUUAA